AUGAUUGAGGGCUUGAAGUGGGCAAAUCAUGGGCGCCGCAAGGAGGAAGCUGAUCGAAUGGUUAAGGACUACAUAAAGGCAGUCAAGGAAAUCGACCCUCAAGCUAGCGACAAGUGGGUGAUGACCAAGCCAACCAAAGCGGUCAAACCGCCGGAGAAAAUCGGCACAUGGGGGGAGCUUGAUACCAAGGAGAGCUACAAGGCCAUGAAGAUCUCGAAAGAUGGACGGGCCGCUGUCAAGGAGCUCAACAAGACCUACGUGAAGAACUACAGAAAUGAUGGUUCAGAGGAAUCCCACGCAAGGGUCAUCGCGUACACAAAGAAUGUCCGGGAUCAGCUCCUCGCAGCGACGCGGCCGCCUUGCACUGGCAGUUGUGGCAUUUGUCACCCCAGCAAUGCUCUCUAA